AUGAAUUGUAAAGCCACGUCUUUACUUUCUCUUAUUACAUUUCAGUCUCUCUUCAUAAGAUGCUUUGCUCUUCCAACAAGUCCCUCAUCUGACUUUCAGCUGAAUAUUACGACCUGGAAUGAAACUACCGACGAACGACAAAAUGAGAGAAAACUGGCUGACUGCAUCGUCACACAAGCUGAAGCUACGGAGGAGUACAGAGGAGGCAUUGCCGCACAAGGUGUCUUCUUCACUUUUCAAUCUCUACAAGAUGCUGAUCUCUUAUCUAUUGAAUUUGCUGUAGGCAAAGAUGCUCCACAGACCAUUCCAGUUCAGAUCUACUUCCGACUAGGAUCUUUUAGUGGUGUCAGCGGAAGGGCCGAGGAAUGGCAAAAGGUUGCUGACACAUCUGCACAACUUUCUCCACAAAAGUCAACUGGUAUUGUUCCAGUCUUGAACUUUCAAACAAGCACACUUACGGCAAACACUGAAUAUGCUCUUUAUGUCAGUAUGCAGACCACAGAUACUUUGUUUGCAAAACUGUCUACUGCCGGCAUUGGGGCCUUUAGCAGCAGCGAUGGUAUAAUGGAAAGAAGCGUUGGCGUUUUAGUCAACGAGGGUCCAUUUCCAGAAUCGCUAGCAAGCUCUGAAAUUGCCGAGUUCAUGGGAGUUCUGCAUUACAAAUCAAAGCAGACAUGCUCCUCAGUCUUGAGAACGGCAAAUGUUGCACUUCAGUUUGCGAUUAACGAUAUUCCAGAUACGGAUAACUUGAAUGAGCUCGCCGCAUCCUUUGCGGAAGCUGUCAAUGCCAUUUUUGUAACGAACUCAACACUUUCAGACUCGAAACGUGAAAAUAUGAUCAACGUUUUGACUACUGACGCCAAUUUCAUGGGAAGGUCAGAUGUUUGCCCCUCAAGUUAUGAAAUCUGUGCACUCGUUACGGCUUCGGCAGAAAUCGAAUAUUUGCCGAGAGUGACUUCCGGACAAAUUCAACGACAAUUGCUCGACCAAGCCAAUGAACUGGCAAAUUUGGUAAAGAGGUUGAGUAGCCACUCUGUCGAAAUUGUUUACGUUGGGGGCUCGACUGCGGCGCUUUUGACGGCGCUUUCCUUUGAAGGGGUCCCAGGGCUGAUGGAUGAUACCCAGCAACGCUAUUUCCAACUGAUUUAUACAACUUUCUUGCAGGAAUUCAUCACCGACAUGGAAAUCCAUGAAGUUGUUAUUUUGAGCCAAACACAAACGUCGCGUAGAAGAGCACUUCGCGGGAUGGAUGAUGGCACCAAUGAUCAAAGAGACUUGCAAUCGGCAACCGUCUCUGCGACAAUGAUUGUCUAUGGGAUUGGCGGCACUGUGAACGAGUUGCGAGCUCUGGUGUUUGAUGCUGUCCUUAGCAACCAAGAUGCACUCAUUCGCAGCUUGAAACUUGAAGGCCUACGUCCUGGAUUCCUUGCGUUGGAACCUGACAUCAAUGUGGAUCCGUCGUUUUUCACGGGUUUGCAAACGUUAAAGGUUGCCAUCCCUGAUACAGGGAGUACUGAUACUGGUGGUGGUACUAGCAGUGAGGCAGAUGUUGUGGAGGGAUCAGAUGAUUCGCCUUCUUGGCAGAUCAUUCUUGGCGCACUUGGAGUUACGCUCUCAUCACUUUUCCUCAUUUACCGAAUUUACAAGGAUAGUUGUCACUCAGACAAACUGGAUCAAGCCAAGCUAUCAGACUCGACCAGUGCUCGACGAGCCACGCCUCCAAUGAAGGAUUACGACGACGGCGUUGUUGAUCAGGCGGAUUUUGAAGAGGUGGAAGUGGUUGCAUCGUCUCGUGGAAGUAGAAAGCCGGACAUUGAAGAAUUUGUGGACGAACCACCAUCUCCAGCCCCGGCAAAACCUGAUAUUGAAGAGGUGUAUUCGUCCCAUUCAUCCGAGCCUCCUACUCGCGGUGUGGCUCGCAGCCGCAGCCUUGAUCCUAGCAUGAAAUUGGCGAGAGUGAAUCGAUCGCCGCCCCAGCAAGCGGAUGGCGGAAACGCAGCACGCGGACGUAGCGCCCGCAGCAUCAGCCCCUCACGUGGAAUGGGUGCAAGGGGAAUGAUGGACAAGUUUCGAAAUAAUUCUCAGGAAAGAUUUCGACCAAAGUCUCAAGAAAGGUUGCGACCAAAGUCUCAAGAAAGGCUACGGCCAAAGUCUCAAGAAAGGCUCCGAUCACGGUCAAACGAAGGUUUAUCUAGAGGAGUCGAUCGGACUCAAAGUAUGGAUCCAGCAGGUGCAGCCCAGCGGUACUUGCAGGAGAGGAAUCAAAUGAUGAGCCAGAGUUCGCAUGUUAUUCAACAGAGGAGUCAAAGGAAGAACCAAAUGAUGAGCCAAAGCGAGCAUGAUCCUCGGAUGCGCCCCAAUAGCAAUCGGGGAGGAAGAGGACCUGGCCCUAGACCUAGGCCAAGGAGUCAUGAUCGGUUCCAGAAUCCCAACGGAAACCCUAAAUUUCAAGGAUCUGGUUCCUCGCUUGGAGAAAAGCCUCCAAAGGCGGAUGACUAUUCCGAUUCUGAGGAUUCUGAAUCAGAUACUGGCUCGUUCGGACAAGCCACUUCGUCAGCUCGAUGGGCUGCCGAGUCUGCCCCGCCUCCACCCCCUACUUCGCCGCCACCAGCUCCACCUAAUAGAUCAACGUCGACCUUAUCUUCCGGUGCAAAUGCGCAUGCACGUUUCAAGGACAAUCAAAUGGCUCUCUAUUCGCCUGAAGAAGGAACAGGACUACAGUUGGUACAGAUUGUGAAAGUACAGGCUUUCAAAGGAAAGACUAACAUGCCUUGCUACAAGAUUCGGCUACAGGGCAGUAAUGUCGAAAAGACCAUGGUCAAGGAGACACUUCUCAUGGAGUUAGGGGAGGCUACAGAUGCUAGCAACAUAGCUUCCAAACCCACAUCCACAACCUCCAUCGGUUCUUCUGCCCACACACCAGGAAAGAAGAAGAAAAAGAAAAAGAAAAAGUCAAUGGAUGCUUCGGAACAUUCAACGGGUGAUAUGUCCGCAAUGAAGAAGAAGAAAAAGAAAAAGGCUUCUUCUUCAGCAUCCCCAGCACGCAAGAUGAAGAAGACAAGAAGCUUUGAAAAAAGCAUCAAACCUAAUCCUGCUGUGCGACGAUCGAGUAGUUUCGAUAGCAAAUUGCUUGCUCCGGCUCGAAAGGGCUCGGUGGCGUCGUCAUCCUCACAUAAUGGAGGCAAGGGAAACCAUUCUUGGGAGGCGCAAACGCAGCAACCACUCUUCAAGCUUCCCCGUCGCACCAAGACUCCACCACCAGCCGCGAAGGGUCAUGCGGGCAAUAAGAGUCCACCGAGAAAGGUAUCAAAUACACCGAUGCCCCCGCGCCGAUUGCCAUCGGUUCAAUCAAAAACGUCUUCCAACGCUGCUGCUGAGGACGAAGAAUCCGUCGAAUCCGAGCUCGGCUCGGUCCACAAAGAUGCAUCGAAUUCGCAACAAUCGAAUCUCAAGCCGGAAGAAAUUAAUGUAGUCGAAGAAGGUGAAACGAAUUCUUCUUCGUCGGAAGAUGAUGAUUUGUGGGACGAUUCCAAUGAUCCAAAUGGAACAGGUGCAGUAGUGGGAAAGAAUGGAGUAAAGAUUGGGUCGUCCAAAGAGCAAAUGAAACAGAAAGCAUCUGCCGAAAAGGCUCGGAACCAAGGGCCAGAGUCAUCCUCGGAAGAAUCGGACUUGGAACAAUAA